GAAUCCCGGUGGGGUGAAGGCGGGGUGGGAGAGAGUCCCGGUAGCUCCUGCCUCCUAGCGAUGGCGCCGUGGUGCCGCGCCCAGUCUCCUGCCUGCUUGCCCGUACUCACAGCUAUCGGGAGUGCGGUCAGACGUUGAGAAUUGAAGCGGGUUCAAGGGAGCGGCGGGACGCUGCCUGCCACGGGGACCAUGUGGAGAGGUCAGACCUGUGGGGCCGAUUACGGGAACAGCCGCGGCACCUGCUGAGAGGAAAGAGGGAGCUGCCGGGUGCGGCGGCGACUUGCCAGCGCCUCGGCCAUGUCGCUGCUCUGUGUGCGCGUUAAAAGAGCCAAAUUCCAGGGUUCACCAGAUAAAUUUAACACCUAUGUGACCCUGAAAGUGCAGAAUGUGAAGAGCACAACUGUAGCAGUUCGUGGUGAUCAACCUUCUUGGGAACAAGAUUUUAUGUUUGAGAUUAGUCGCCUGGACCUGGGUCUGAGUGUGGAGGUAUGGAACAAAGGACUGAUCUGGGACACCAUGGUGGGGACCGUGUGGAUUGCACUGAAGACAGUUCGUCAGUCGGAUGAGGAAGGGCCUGGAGAGUGGUCCACGUUGGAGGCAGAGACACUGAUGAAAGAUGAUGAGAUAUGUGGAACUAAAAACCCAACUCCUCAUAAGAUUUUGCUUGAUACAAGAUUUGAGCUGCCUUUUGAUAUCCCAGAGGAAGAGGCCAGAUACUGGACUUACAAAUUGGAGCAAAUCAAUGUCUUGGGAGCUGACAGUGAGUAUUAUAUUCAAGAAGAAAGCCAGAGGAAGCCAUUACCCACUGCUGCCGCCCAGUGUUCUUUUGAAGAUCCUGAUAGUGCCGUUGAUGACCGAGAUAGUGACUAUCGCAGUGAGACCAGCAAUAGCAUCCCACCUCCUUACCAUACGACUUCCCAGCCCAAUGCUUCUGUGCACCAGUUUCCUGUGCCUGUGCGAUUGCCACAGCAGCUGCUACUUCAGGGCAGUUCCCGGGAUUCUUGCAAUGACUCUAUGCAAAGUUAUGAUCUUGAUUAUCCAGAUCGGAGGGCCCUCAGCCCCACCAGCAGUAGUAGGUAUGGCUCCUCCUGUAAUGUGAGUCAAGGAAGCUCUCAGUUGAGUGAACUAGACCAAUGCCAUGAACAAGAUGAUGACCGUCGGGAGAGGGACUCGAUUCAUUCAUGCCACAGCUCUGGCAGCUUCUCCAGAGAUGGCCAAGUGGGCUUUGGAGAACAAGAGAAAGCCUUGGAGGUGACAGGUGAAGAGGAGAAGGGGACAGCAUGUGAACCCAAGGAGAGGAAAGAAGAUGCCACAAUCCAUCCUCCCCCAGAUCUGGUGCUACACGAAGACCGUGUCCUAGGCCCCCAGGAGAGCUUUCCUGAGGAGAAGGCUUCUUCACCAUUUACCCAAGCCAGAGCGCACUGGAUCCGAGCAGUUACCAAGGUUCGACUCCAGUUGCAGGAGAUUCCAGAUGAUGGUAACCCCUCUCUGCCCCAGUGGCUCCCAGGAGGGCCAGCUGGAGGGCUCUAUGGCAUUGAUAGCAUGCCAGAUCUACGUAGAAAGAAGCCACUGCCACUUGUCAGUGAUCUGUCAUUGGUCCAGUCCCGGAAGGCAGGGAUUACUUCUGCAAUGGCUACACGCACAUCUCUCAAAGAUGAAGAGCUGAAAUCCCAUGUGUAUAAGAAAACCCUGCAGGCCUUAAUCUACCCCAUCUCGUGUACCACACCCCACAACUUUGAGGUCUGGACGGCCACUACCCCUACCUACUGCUAUGAGUGUGAAGGUCUCCUCUGGGGCAUUGCCCGGCAGGGCAUGCGCUGCAGUGAGUGUGGAGUCAAGUGCCAUGAGAAGUGCCAGGAUCUGCUCAACGCCGACUGCCUGCAACGGGCUGCAGAAAAGAGUUCUAAACAUGGAGCUGAGGACCGGACCCAGAACAUAAUCAUGGCCAUGAAGGACCGCAUGAAGAUCCGAGAGCGGAAUAAGCCAGAGAUCUUUGAAGUUAUCCGGGAUGUCUUUACUGUGAGCAAAGUUGCCCAUGUGCAACAGAUGAAAACAGUGAAGCAGAGUGUACUGGAUGGCACCUCCAAAUGGUCGGCCAAGAUUACCAUCACUGUGGUGUGUGCCCAGGGCCUACAAGCCAAGGACAAGACAGGAUCCAGUGACCCUUACGUGACUGUGCAAGUGGGCAAAACCAAGAAGCGUACCAAGACUAUUUUUGGGAAUCUGAACCCUGUUUGGGAAGAGAAGUUCCAUUUUGAGUGCCACAACUCUUCUGACCGCAUCAAGGUACGUGUAUGGGAUGAAGAUGAUGACAUCAAGUCAAGAGUAAAACAGCGGCUUAAACGAGAGUCUGAUGAUUUCCUUGGUCAAACCAUUAUUGAGGUUCGGACACUGAGUGGCGAGAUGGACGUCUGGUACAACUUGGAGAAGAGGACAGAUAAAUCAGCUGUCUCAGGGGCUAUCCGACUACAAAUCAGUGUGGAGAUCAAGGGGGAGGAGAAGGUAGCACCGUAUCAUGUGCAAUAUACGUGUCUCCAUGAGAACCUUUUCCAUUACCUCACAGACAUUCAGGGUAGUGGAGGAGUCCUGAUUCCUGAGGCUCGAGGAGAUGAUGCAUGGAAGGUGUACUUUGAUGAGACUGCCCAAGAAAUUGUGGAUGAAUUUGCCAUGCGCUAUGGCAUCGAGUCCAUAUAUCAGGCCAUGACGCACUUUGCAUGUUUGUCAUCCAAGUACAUGUGUCCUGGUGUGCCAGCAGUGAUGAGCACCUUACUGGCCAACAUCAAUGCCUACUAUGCCCACACAACCGCCUCCACCAAUGUCUCUGCAUCUGAUCGCUUUGCAGCUUCCAACUUUGGGAAAGAGAGAUUUGUAAAACUACUGGACCAGCUGCACAACUCACUGAGAAUUGACCUCUCUACCUACAGGAAUAAUUUCCCUGCUGGAAGCCCUGAGCGGCUUCAGGACUUGAAGUCAACAGUGGAUUUGCUGACCAGCAUUACUUUCUUCAGAAUGAAGGUGCAAGAACUGCAGAGUCCUCCAAGAGCCAGCCAGGUGGUAAAAGAUUGUGUGAAGGCCUGUUUGAACUCCACAUAUGAGUAUAUCUUCAACAACUGCCAUGACUUGUACAGUCACCAGUACCAGCUGAAACAGGAGCUACCUCCAGAGGAACAAGGACCCAGCAUUCGGAACCUGGAUUUUUGGCCCAAACUCAUCACACUCAUUGUGUCAAUCAUAGAGGAAGAUAAGAAUUCCUACACACUCGUUCUGAACCAGUUUCCUCAGGAGUUGAAUGUGGGAAAAGUCAGCGCAGAAGUGAUGUGGCAGCUCUUUGCCCAAGACAUGAAAUAUGCACUGGAGGAGCAUGAGAAAGACCGGCUGUGUAAGAGUGCUGACUACAUGAACCUACACUUCAAGGUGAAGUGGCUCCACAAUGAAUACGUGCGAGAUCUGCCUGCCCUCCAGGGGCAGGUGCCUGAGUACCCAGUGUGGUUUGAGCAGUUUGUCCUGCAGUGGCUGGAUGAGAAUGAAGAUGUGUCCCUGGAAUUCCUACGUGGGGCCCUGGAACGAGAUAAGAAGGAUGGGUUCCAGCAGACAUCAGAGCAUGCGCUCUUUUCUUGCUCUGUGGUGGACGUCUUCACACAGCUCAACCAGAGCUUUGAGAUCAUCCGGAAGCUGGAAUGCCCAGACCCCAACAUCCUAGCCCACUACAUGAGGAGAUUUGCUAAGACCAUCGGGAAGGUGCUGAUGCAGUAUGCAGACAUCUUAUCAAAGAGCUUCCCAGAUUAUUGCAAAAAGGAGAAAAUGCCCUGCAUCCUGAUGAACAACAUGCAGCAACUGAGAGUCCAGCUGGAGAAAAUGUUUGAGGCCAUGGGAGGCAAGGAGUUGGAUCCUGAAGCUGCAGACAGCUUGAAGGAGCUGCAGGUGAAACUGAAUACGGUUCUGGAUGAGCUCAGCAUGGUAUUUGGAAACAGUUUUCAGGUGCGGAUUGAUGAGUGUGUUCGACAAAUGGCUGACAUCCUGGGCCAGGUGCGGGGCCCAGGGAAUGCAUCCCCCAGCGCCAGGGCCUCAGUGGCUCAGGAUGCAGAUAGUGUGCUCCGGCCUCUCAUGGACUUCCUGGAUGGCAACCUCACACUCUUUGCCACUGUGUGUGAGAAGACAGUCCUGAAGCGUGUACUGAAGGAGCUCUGGCGGGUGGUAAUGAACACAAUGGAAAGGAUGAUUGUUCUGCCCCCACUCACUGACCAGACGGGCACCCAGCUGAUCUUCACUGCUGCCAAGGAGCUGAGCAAUCUUUCCAAACUCAAGGACCACAUGGUUCGAGAGGAAACACGGAGUCUCACUCCGAAGCAGUGUGCCAUCCUUGACCUCGCUCUGGACACCAUCAAGCAAUACUUUCACGCGGGAGGUAACGGGCUGAAGAAAACUUUCCUGGAGAAGAGCCCAGAUCUACAGUCCCUACGUUAUGCCCUAUCUCUGUACACACAGACCACAGACACGCUUAUCAAAACCUUUGUUCGCUCACAGACUGCCCAGGUGCAUGAUGGGAAAGGUAUUAGGUUCACUGCUAAUGAGGACAUUCGGCCGGAAAAGGGGUCUGGUGUGGAUGAUCCUGUGGGAGAAAUCUCUAUUCAGGUGGAUUUGUUUACACAUCCUGGAACUGGGGAGCACAAGGUCACAGUGAAAGUGGUGGCUGCCAAUGACCUCAAGUGGCAGACAGCAGGUAUGUUCCGGCCCUUUGUGGAAGUGACCAUGGUUGGCCCACACCAAAGUGAUAAGAAGAGGAAGUUCACAACCAAGUCGAAGAGCAACAACUGGGCUCCCAAGUAUAAUGAGACAUUCCACUUCCUCCUGGGAAAUGAAGAGGGGCCAGAAGCCUAUGAGUUGCAAAUAUGUGUGAAGGAUUACUGCUUUGCCCGGGAGGAUCGUGUUCUGGGGCUGGCUGUGAUGCCUCUGAGGGAUGUGGCAGCCAAGGGAAGCUGUGCUUGCUGGUGCCCCUUGGGCCGGAAGAUCCACAUGGAUGAGACAGGCAUGACUAUUCUCCGGAUUCUGUCUCAGAGGAGCAAUGACGAAGUGGCUCGGGAGUUUGUGAAGCUCAAAUCGGAGUCUCGUUCCAUGGAAGAGGGGAGCUGAGCACCCAGGUUCCUGUGCCAACUGGAUGGCAUCAGUUUCACAAAUCAGGGCCAGUGAGAAUUACUAUAUAUCCAGCUUAGGGUCCUCAUAGUCAAGAGGCUGACUCCUUCAGUUUAAGGAAAAAUUUGGGGUGGUGAGAAUAUUUUCUCAGAAAGGCUCAGGAGUCCCUGACCAGCACGUCUGUGGUGCUAGGAGCUGGGCUGUCAGGGUUACUGCAUAGGGAGGUAGAACAGACAUUUCUGAGAGUGUCAGCCAUUAUUGUUGGUAGACACCCCUUCACCCCCUAUCCCAUGUCUACCCCUCUCCAUGCCACACCUUAUUCAGUUAGACCCAUACAUAUAAACCAUUAGAAGAGCAAUGGUGCUUGUUGAACCAUUAGAGAGCCUGGAGCAUGUGCCUGGUUAGCUAGUCAGUUGAGCCUACAGUUGUCACUGAGCCCUAUAGUCUGGAUUGAAGUAUGCCAGGGCAGGAACAUACAAAUUAGAAUUUAGACUGUCCCUCAAGCAGUCUAAAACCAGGAUCCACUGGUUUUGUGAAAACAAGGCUUUGAAACUGAACAAGAUACCUUCUAGAAAUGACCUGUGCUAAUCCUUUUCUCCAAAUUAUAUGUCAUGAGUAGAAUGAGGUUCACAUGAUAACUUCAGAGCCCUGAGCAGGAAUAUUCUUUGGAACCCAAGCACCACAGGCUACCUGCCCAAGAGUCCCCCUCCCUCACUCCUAUAGGAAAGGGAGCAGUGAUGUUUCAAGACAUGAGCAGCUAUUCCUUUGUGUAUGCACCUGAGGCCUAGUUGAAGGAUCCAGGAGAGAGGGCUGUAUUUUCUUCUUGGGUAGGCCCUGAACAAAGCCAAAAAUUGUAGAAACCAGUCUAGAAAGAGUCCUCUUCACCUAUGGCCACUGCCUUCUGUUUGUCCUCCCCUUUGCAGAAAGAAUUUAGUCUUUGGCCUCACUCCCUUUCAUCUAGGUCAGAUGCUGUUCCCCUCACAGAUGUUCAACCCUACAGAGGGAACUUGGACUAUGAUUCCUCUGUACAGGCUGGAUGGAGGGGGCUUCAACAUUUCCUGGGAGGUCAGAGAUGAACUCUUUCAGGAGAUCAUAUGGACUUCUCAGACCCUUCAUCAGAGAUGUGACACGGUUCUUGGAUACCCUUGGUAGCAGCCUCCUGGACCUCCUGAGGACUCUGUUAUCCAUAGCUGUGCUGGCCGUUACAUGAAACAAGAAACUAAGCAUCUUUGCUGUUGUUAAUUAUUGUAUGUGCCAUUGUUACAGGACAUUUUUGGCUAGUGUGUAAUAAAUUAUCUUAUAGCAGC